GGUUUUACAGACAAUCAGUUUGAAGUUCCUGUUUCUUUUACACCAUUUGCCAAUCAUUCAAACCUUAAGUUCAUAUAUGGUGAAGGCAACAAAGUCAUAUUGGACUUACAACCUAGUUUCUUCUAUAUCAAAACAAUUUGACUAGCUUAGAUUUCUCUAGUUGGAGGUUGGAAGGAAAGUUUCCUCACUGGUUGUUUAACAACAACACAAAAUUGACUGAGCUUCUUGUUAGAAAUUGCUCUUUCACAGGUGAAAUCCUGUUACCAUUGCAUCCCCUUACUAAGAUGAGGAGAAUUGAUGUGUCCAACAAUAACAUAACCGGCCAAAUCCCCAGUAACAAUAUUAGUUCAAUUUUACCAAAUUUGCAAUCUCUAAACUUGUCCACAAAUCACAUCCAAGGUUCAAUUUCUCCUGAGUUUGGGAAAAUGAGCUUAUUGCAGACUUUGGAUUUAUCAAAUAAUCAUUUAUCAGGAGAGAUUCCAAAGAACUUAUCCGGGCAUGGGUCAUUGCUUAAAUACUUGAAACUUUCACAGAAUAAGCUAGAUGGACCCAUAUUUCCAACUUUGAAAUACUUGGAGGAGUUGUAUUUAGAUUACAAUAGCUUUUAUGGUAGCAUACCAAGUAGCUUUCUUGACUCAUCUCUCAUUCACUUGGAUCUAAGCUAUAAUAAUUUAGUGGGGAAACUACCAAGUGUGGUUGGAAAUUUGUCAUACUUGCAAACACUUUCAUUGUCCAACAAUGAUCUUGAAGGGUCUAUUCCGACAAGGCUAGUGGAACUUGAAAAUUUAUCGUAUCUAGAUAUCUCAGACAAUAAUUUGACGGGUUCUGUGCCAUCUUUUAUCAAUGCUUCGGUGAAUUACAUCCAUUUGAGCCACAACAGGUUAAGUGGUUUAUCCAAAAGAAUGUUCAGCAAUAGAUCUUUCUUAAUGAUGCUAGACCUUAGCUACAAUGAAAUAACUGGUAGCAUUCAAGAUAUGAUGCAAGACCUUGCUCACGCAAGGUUGAACAUACUCCUUUUGAAAGGUAACCGCUUUACAGGACGUUUACCGGAGCAGCUAUGCCAAUUGGUAGAUUUAAAUAUACUAGACCUUUCUUAUAACACUUUUUAUGGUCCAAUACCCAAUUGCUUAGGUAAAAUGCCUUUUGAGAAUGAUGACUCAUUAGGGGGCGCAUUCAAUGGGUUUAUUCGUGGAAAAAAUGCACAUUCAGGGAUUUUGAUACCAAAUAUAAACGUGAAAGCAAACUUCACUACAAAGAAAAGAUCCUACACAUAUUCAGCGAGCAUCCUUGCUUAUAUGUCCGGAAUUGAUUUAUCCAAAAAUAAACUAAAUGGAAGUAUUCCAUAUGAGCUUGGAAACUUGACAAGACUUCGAGCAUUGAACUUGUCUCACAAUUAUUUGAUUGGACAAAUUCCAACUACAUUCUCCAAUUUAGAACACGUAGAGAGUUUGGAUCUUUCUUUCAACAUGUUAAGUGGUGAAAUUCCUCCUCAACUAAAUCAAUUGAGCUCUCUUGCUGUAUUUAGUGUUGCGCAUAACAACUUAUCAGGCAAUACACCCGAACAAAAAGGCCAAUUUAUUACCUUUGAUGAAAGCAGCUACGAAGGGAAUUCUCUUCUUUGUGGACCUCCAUUAACAAGAAGUUGCCAUCCUUAUGCACAAUCACCUGCCAUUUCUCCAAAUGAUGAAGACGAUGACAGUCCUAUUGACAUGCAUGCUUUUGUUGUAAGUUUUGGUGUGGCAUACACAUCGAUAUUGCUAGUAAUUGUUGCCACUCUCUACAUUAAUCCUUAUUGGAGGCGAGCAUGGUUUUCCUCUAUGGAAUUGAUCAUCUUUAGUUGUUAUUACUUUAUGCAAGAUAACUGGAGGAGGUUUUCAAAUUCUAGAAAUUUGUAAUAUAGUUUAUCUUGUAUCCUUAGAUUGUCUUGUUUGUUAAAAAUUGAUUCAAUCGUGGUCUCCUCAUGUCCUUUUUGUU